UGGCAGCGUCGCCAUGGGAACUGGCAGCGGCCGCUAACCCCUCUCCCGCGGCCUUCGCACCGCCUUCCGAAAAAAACCUCCUUUCCGGGGCGGGACAAAGGAACUGCUUCCGGGGCGGGGCUGGCGCCUUUGCCGCGACGAUGGAAUUCCCGGCAUGCCUCGCGGCGGCGGGCUCAUGGCACCGGGGGCGCGGCUGCGGUUCCUGUUGGCGGUGUGGACGCUGGCUGUUCUGGCCCGGCGCAGCGCCGGGGAGGCGGGCGAUGGAGGGUGGCAGCGGCGCGGGCCCGGGGCGCCGGCGGCCCUGGCGGAGGAGCAGCGCUGCGCGGUGGAGCGUCGGGCGGACCUCAGCUACUCCGAGUUCGUGCAGCAGUACGUGCGUCCCCUCCCACUGGCCACCCGUCCCACACCUCACUACGCCUUUUCCAGACCCGUCAUCCUGCAGGGGCUCACAGACAACUCGAGGUUCCGGGCCUUGUGCUCCCGAGAAAGGCUACUGGACUCCUUUGGGGACAACGUGGUACGGCUGAGCACUGCCAAUACCUACUCCUACCGGAAAGUGGACCUGCCCUUUCAGGAGUAUGUGGAGCAUUUGCUGUAUCCCCAGGACCCUACCUCCCUGGGCAACGACACCUUGUAUUUCUUUGGGGACAACAAUUUCAGCGAAUGGGCAUCGCUCUUUCAACACUACUCCCCACCACCAUUUAGUCUGCUGGGUACCACUACUGCUUACAGCUUUGGAAUUGCAGGAGCUGGUUCUGGGGUGCCCUUCCACUGGCAUGGGCCCGGGUUCUCAGAGGUGAUCUACGGCCGCAAGCGCUGGUUCCUAUACCCCCCUGAGAAGACACCAGAGUUCCAUCCCAACAAAACCACGCUGGCCUGGCUUCAGGACGUGUACCCAACCCUGACAUCAUCUGCGAGGCCCUUGGAGUGCACUGUCCAGGCUGGUGAGCAGGUGCUGUAUUUCCCAGACCGGUGGUGGCAUGCCACGCUCAACCUGGACACCAGUGUUUUCAUCUCUACCUUCCUCAGCUAGCCAGAGUGGGCGGCUGGUAGUCUGGGAUGUCUCGCUUCUGCAGCACAUGGGGUGAAGUCAGGCACCAGGACAGGGACACUGCUCUAAUUCCUGCUACCCAGAGGACAGACAACGUACCUUUCUCUUCUCGUCCACCUGGGAGAAAAGCUCAUCCAUGUCUGCUAAGUACUUGUCCUGCGAAGAACCAAGCAGCUACGCGUGGGCCAGAUGUCCCAUCCCCCUUCCCCUGGCACAGGCACCCUCCCGUCACAGGCACACAAACACGCACACAUCCACACGUGGGCUGGGGCACCCUCACGUGCUUGGCCUCGAUGCAGGCCUGCUGGGCCCGGAUGUGGCCAUCGUCCUCAUCACCCUCAUGGUUCCGCUGACAUUCUUCUAGUUCCCUGGGGGUCGACCAGGAGCUAGUCAGAAAUGGGUCUGGCCAGAAGAGAUCACACUCCACCCCAACCUUGGGCUCGUUCAGGUCUCGCUUCCCUCCAUCUCCUGCUUGCCAGUGUUGGCCUUCAAUAAACACUUGUGUUCUUGACUCAGAGUUAA